AUGUGCUUUGUAGCUUUUGGGUUCCUGGCUUCCAAGAUAACCAAGAAGAAGAAGUCCAACCGUCUCGCCAAGAAGGGCCGCGGCCACGUGCAGCCCAGCCACUGCACCAAAUGCGCCCGCUGCGUGCCCAAGGACGAGGCCAUCAAGAAGCUCGUCAGCUGCAACAUCGUGGAAGCUGCGGCAGUAAGGGACAUUUCCGAGGCCAGCGUCUUCGACUCCUAUGUGCUGCCCAAACUGUAUGUGAAACUCCAUUACCGUGUGAGAUGCGCCAUCCACAGCAAGGUAGCGAGGAAUGGGUCCCGUGAGGCACGAAAGAAUCGGAGACCCCCACCCCGCUUCAGACCCGCUGGUGCUGCUCCCAGACCCCCUCCAAAGCCUAUGUAA